AUGGCCCAGAAAGAAGAGGCUGCUGAGGCGUCUGCACCCGCCUCCCAGAAUGGCGAGGAGCUGGAGAACCUGGACGACCCCGAGAAGCUGAAGGAGCUGAUCCAGCUGCCCCCCUUUGAGAUCGUCACAGGGGAGCGGCUGCCCGUUAACUACUUCAAGUUCCAGUUCCGGAAUGUGGAGUACAGUUCCGGGCGGAACAAGACCUUCCUGUGCUAUGUGAUUGAGGUGCAGGACAAGGGAGGCCAAGUGCAGGCAUCCCGGGGGUACCUAGAGGAUGAGCAUGCCACUGCCCACGCGGAGGAAGCCUUCUUCAACAAGAUCGUGCCGACCUUCGACGCGGCCCUGCGCUACAACGUCACCUGGUACGUGUCCUCCAGCCCCUGCGUGGCUUGCGCUGACCGCAUCGUCAAAACCCUUAGCAAGACCAAGAACCUGCGCCUGCUCAUCCUGGUGGGGCGCCUCUUCAUGUGGGAGGAGCCCGAGAUCCAGGCUGCUCUGAAGAAGCUGAAGGAGGCUGGCUGCAGGCUGCGCAUCAUGAAGCCGCAGGACUUCGAGUACAUCUGGCAGAAUUUCGUGGAGCAGGAAGAGGGCGAAUCCAAGACCUUUGAGCCCUGGGAGGACAUUCAGGAGAACUUCCUAUACUACGAGGAAAAGUUGGCCGACAUCCUGAAGUAG